AUGCAGAAUAGGAGACAUGCAGCAGAAGUGAGGAGGCAGGUGGCAUCUUCGUCCCUGAGCAGCCGGGAGCUGUCACGAAAUGUCUCCACCACCAGUCUCCCUGUCAUUAACAUUCCCUUGUAUGAUGUGGUGGAGCCACCAGACUUUGAGGAAACUCUCAUUCAGCAUCAUAUGGCUAAUGAUGAUCCCAUGAUGCGCUUCCUUGACUUCCCCCCAGAUGACAUUGAAGUCUGUGUGAUUCCAAGGUCUUGUCGCACACUUCAUCCUCUGGUCCCGGAUGAUCCAAAUAGUGUGAAUGUGAGUUUGCGACUGCGGGACACUGUCAGCAGUUACUCUCGCGACUGGGUUGGUGUCCAGAGAAGAUAUCAGGAGCAUAGCAGCAGCCUUGUGUCUCCACGACAGAUGGUUGAUCGAACAGCAUCCCUUCGUGGCCCCUUUCCUAAACAAGAAUUUGAAAUUGAUGCAUUUGCACCAGAUACCAUAGAUGAUUCUGGAUCUGAAGAAGACAGUGAAAAGAGUGCUUCUCAGAGGAACUCCAUCUAUCAAGGCCAGACUCCUCGAGGAAGCUGGGCAUCAAGUAUCUUUGAUCUUCGCAAUUCAGAAAGCGAUCCUCUCAUCCCUCCAAUUCUGGAACGUCUUCCUCCUGAGACUUUGGAUGAGUCCAACAGUCGACAGAGGACUGAAAAGCGACAAGAUUGUCUCUUCCUUCUUCAUCCCCCACCCAUUCCCAACUUCUCUGAAGCAGGUGGAAGUGACUGGACUGAAUGCCGGAUUCCUGCUGACAUUCCAGCAGAGCACAUGGGUCAACGAAUUCUUGUCAAGUGCCUGGAACUCAAGCUGGAAUUGUCCAUUGAACCCAUCUUUGCCAGCAUGGCCCUUUUUGAUGCUCGAGAGAGGAAGAAGAUCUCUGAAACUUUUUAUUUUGAUAUGAAUCAGGAAACAAUGAAGCGGAUGCUCAGGUCUCACAUCCAAUAUCAGGAUACAAGCACUCUGAGUCGAUCCUGCAUCUUUGAUGUCACAUACCCCACCACUGACAUCUUUCUGGAAGGAGACAAAUUGAGAGAAGAUGAUCUCUUCAAGUGGCUUCAAGACUACAAACGUCCAACAUCUUUGCUCAAGCGACUGAAGUGCAUUCCAGGGACACUGAAGCUUGACAUUGCUCCUUGUCCUCAUGAGCUGAAGUACUGCCUUACACCAGAGCUUGCCCAGGUCCAUCCCUAUCCAGACGGAACCAAUGAAGAGCUUGAGGAAGAGUAUGACAAAUGUCGGCCAACCAAAGAGAUUUUGGAGUUCCCUUCACAGGAACUUUACCUCCCACACUACUCCUACCGCAAUCUCCUAUAUGUGUAUCCACGAGAUGUCAAUUUUACCAAUCGACCUGGUUCAUCUCGGAACAUCACUUGCAAAGUUCAGCUUCUGGCUGGGGAAGAUGAAACUAGGCAGAGUCUUUCAGUGGUGUUUGGUCGCUCCUCUUGUCCUGAGUUCUCCCAUUAUGCCUUCACAUCCAUUACAUACCACAACAAGAGUCCAACAUUCUAUGAUGAAGUGAAGAUGAAGUUACCUGCCAUCCUCACAGAGCAGCAUCAUCUCUUUUUCACAUUUUUUCACAUCAGUUGCCAAAGAAAGGAUCCUCAGGCUCCAAUUGAGACUCCUAUUGGAUAUUCUUGGUUACCAUUGUAUCGCAAUGGGCACCUAGUUUUUGGAGACCAUUGCAUUCCUGUUGCUAUGGAAAGGCCUCCUCCAGGCUAUUCCAACAUUCCUCCUGAUGGAAACAUGAUGGGCAUCAAGUGGCUUGACAACCGGAAAGGUCUUUUCAGUGUCUCUGUACAUCCUGUAUCUUCUGUCUACUCUCAGGAUCAAAUGGUGGAGCACUUCCUGAAUCUCUGUGCUGAUCUUGAGGCUGGAAUUCCCCCUAGCUCCAAUCCCUCUGCCAUUGAGAUGGAGCUAAAAAAGAGCAUUGCAGAUCUUCGCUAUGGGAAAGCAGAAGCUCUUGUAUCCUUUCUCCCAUUAAUCCUGGACAAGCUUCUCCUCUUGAUGGUGAAGCCAAUUGUCCUUUCAGGCGAUUGUCAGCCCUUGAAGGUGUCCCAGAUGGCAUUUGAGGGCCUUGUCUCCAUCAUUCACUGUGUCUCGAUUCUGUUGGAGAAUCAAAAGGAUCAGCAUGGGCGGGCACAUUUGCUGACCAGCUAUGUCCAUUAUCAGGCCACACUCCCCCAUCCCAAUCCCCACCAAUCUCAAUCUCAGCCAUCUUCUCCUACACGCCAUUAUUCUAGGAGCACAAGCAACCCAGACAUGAAUGUAUUUCCUGGUUUCCGACGUGGCAUUGAUCGCACCUCCAGCCUUCGUUCAGGUCCUGCCAGUCCCACACAUUUGAAGAGUGGAACUACAGUUCGAAAAGUGCACGAGGAACUGGCUCUCCAAUGGGUUGUUGCCACAGGGGAGGUUAGGGACCUUGCACUAAGCAAUGCCUGGUUUUUAUUCGAGCUAAUGGUGAAGAGCAUGACGGAACGCUUGAAGGUAGAGGGGCAUUUGGAUGAAGGUUCUCCAAGGAAGAUGCGCUUCCCAGGAGAGUUCACUGAAGACAUCCAAACUCUCUUUGCCACGUUAACCUCUGACAUUAUUGCACGCUACCGUGAUUCCCAGAAAUUCAAGUCGGUGAAGCGAUUGAACAGCAGUCUUGGAUUCUUUGUGUAUGAUCUUCUGUCCAUUAUGGACCGGGGAUUUGUCCUCUCACUGCUCAAGAAUUACUGCAAGCAGGUGGGGACCAAGAUUGCUGCAUUGCCAGAAGCCUCCCAGCUCAUGUCACUCAAGCUGGAUGUGAUUCGAAUUAUAUGCAGCCAUGAGCACUUCAUAGCACUGAGCCUCCCAUUUGGAAGUGGUCUAGCAGCAGGCCAUCGGCCUGUUUCCCCAAGCCCCUCUGUGUUGUCUGCCCUAUCUCAUGCUUCCUGGGCAUCAACCCUUCCAUCCAGUCAUGAUCAAUGGGCACUAGCUUCACUCUCAUCCGAAUUCAGACACCAGCACUUCUUGGUUGGACUCGUCCUCUCAGAUCUUGCCACUGUGCUUGACAUGGAAAAUGGGCAUAUUCAUGCCCAGGCAGUGGGGAUGCUGAGGGAUCUGCUCAGUUGCCACGAUGUGGACCCAAGGUACAAGGAACGGGCAGUAAAGGCUCGUGUUGCCCUCUUGUACCUCCCCCUGGUCAGCAUUGUCCUUGAAAAGCUCCCUCUCCUCCAUCAGUGGAAAGGGCUUGGUGUGUCCAUUCAUCUUGGGAAUUUUUCAGAGGAUGAAGACCCAAGUGCAGGUAUUCAUCAGUCUGUUGCCUUGGCAAUAGCAGGCACUAGUAUGUUUGGGAGAAAAGUUGGUGAAACACCCCCCGACCGGGUCUCCCAGCCAGCACAGAACCGCAUAGAUGGAGAAACCACAAAGGACCUUUUAGUUUGUUUCUUGUGGGUGUUGAAGAAUGUGGAUUCAAGUCUCCUGCGUAGCUGGUGGUCUGACUUCUCACCUCAGCGACUGAAACAGCUUCUUGAGGUCCUUGACCUUGGUAUUGCAUCCUUUGAGUAUCAGGGCAAAGUGGAGGUGCCACGUAGGACCCAGUCAAGCUUUCGCAAGCCUGGUGAUGUAAAAUCAAUUCUUCAGGAAGUGAUUCUUGGCCAGGGAUCUGCACGCAUGGAAUUGAUCCGACGCAAGACCUCUGAGAAGGACUUGCCAAGUGUGCCAGGUCCAGGAGAGAGGCUACGUUGGAGGAAGGAGUUGACACAGUGGCGUCCACCAGUUGACCUUGGUGAGCGUCCUUCAGUCCUAGCUGACAGGGAUCCCAUUCUCUUAGGAAAUCUCUCCACCGAAUGCAAUCUCAUCAUCUUGGAUCUCUUAGAACUUAUCAUCAGUGUGGCAGGCCAUUCAGAUGAUCUUCAUGGCCUCCUGGGUCUUGUAUUGAAGGUCCUCCUUCAUGCCUUGGCCUGCAAUCAGAGCACCCACACACUCACCAAUCUCUUUGCUACACAACGAACCCUUGUCUUCAAGUUUCCCAAUCUGCUUUUUGAUGAAGAGACAGAACUGUGUGCAGACCUGUGUUUGCGACUGCUGAAACAUUGCAGCUCCCGCAUUGGAACAGUACGGUCCCACGCCUCUGCCUCCCUCUACCUCCUCAUGCGACAGAACUUUGAGAUUGGAAAUAAUUUUGCAAGAGUGAAGAUGCAGGUGACAAUGUCCCUCAGUUCUCUGGUGGGAACAAGUAGAAUCUUCAAUGAGGAAUUCCUUCGACGCUCGCUCAAAACAAUUCUAGUUUACGCUGAGGAAGACUCAGAACUCCAAGAUACUUCAUUUCCUGAGCAGGUGCGUGACCUGGUGUUCAAUCUGCACAUGAUACUGUCAGACACAGUGAAGAUGCGAGAGUACCAGGAAGACCCUGAGAUGCUUCUAGACCUCAUGUACCGCAUUGCAAAGGGCUAUCAGAACAGCCCGGACCUUCGUCUCACCUGGCUCAACAGCAUGGCUCAGAAGCACUGCGAGAGGAAGAACUAUGCUGAAGCAGGUAUGUGCCUUGUUCACUCAGCAGCCUUGGUGUCCGAGUACCUCUACAUGUUGGAAGAACAGCCUUAUAUGCCUAUUGGAGCUGUUAGUUUCCAGAAGGUCUCUCCAAAUGCCCUGGAUGAGAGUGCUGUGUCUGAGGAUGUUCUCAGUCCUGAUGAAGAGGGUGUUUGUUCAGGAAAGUACUUCACCGAACAGGGCGUUGUUGGCCUCCUUGAGCAGGCUGCUGAUCACUUCAAUAAUGCAGGGAUGUUUGAAGCAGUGAAUGAAGUCUACAAGGUCCUUCUCCCAAUUUUGGAAGCAAGUCGAGACUUCAAGCGCCUCUGCUCCAUUCAUGGAAACUUACAUGGAGCAUUUAAUCGAAUUGAGGAGCUUCAAGGACAAGGGAAGCGGGUAUUUGGGACCUAUUUUCGAGUGGGUUUCUAUGGGUCCAUGUUUGGAGAUGUUGAUAGAGAGGAGUUCAUUUACAAAGAACCCCCAUUGACCAAGCUCUCUGAGAUCUCCCACCGUCUUGAGAGUUUUUAUAUGGAGCGGUUUGGACCAAACCGAGUGAUGAUGAUCAAGGACUCGAAUCCAGUGGAAUAUUCUCAGCUACUUUCUGAAAAGGCCUACAUCCAGAUCACAUAUGUGGAGCCAUAUUUGGAAACAUGGGAAUUCCGUUACCGUGUCACUGCCUAUGAACAGAACAACAACAUUCGUGAGUUCUUGUCU